AUGGAUGAGGUCGUGAAGACAGCUGUGGAAACGUUGGCCGCGGAAAGCUCAAACUUCGUCGAGAUCAGCAAAAUCAAGGGAGAUGCCAAAGUGCGAUCAUACUUCCGACGGGUACUAUUUAAGCCGCCGUGGGAGGAUGCCACUUGGGUGAUGUAUUUCCAGAGCCGGCCCACGAUGUGGGAAUUCGACGAGAAAAGCAUGGGAGCAAAAGUGAAGUCAGAUCUUGCGACACAGAUCGAGGAAGCGGCCCGCUUGAAGCGCCGGAAAGCCGCUUUUCCAGAGGCAUUGUACACAGCGGUGCUGCGUGCUGGAACGCCGGUCGAGACCUCCGCUGUCAUAGCGAACUCCAAGGACAGCGAGAUUGCGGCCCUGCCCAUGGAUGCCAUCGAGGCCCUGAUCGGCUCUCUGGGCAACUUGCCGGAGUCUGUGGAUCCUCCCACGCUGCAGAAGCAUGCGGAGGCCUCUGUCAAGGUCAUCACGGCCGUGCCUGGCUCCCUCGAGAAAAAGGCCCGGCAGUGA